GGCAAGAAAUAUAUAGAGAGUAUUGACAUAGUCUGUGGCAGCAGCUUUUGGUGGAGGAGAAGAAAAACAAAAAGAAAAAUGGCACUCAGAAUUUGGGCUUCUUCCACCGCUAAUGCCCUUAAACUCUCCUCUGCUGCCUCAAAAUCUCACCAUCUCUCCUCUCCCUUCUCUCUCUCCAGGUGCUUCUCUACUGUGUUGGAGGGUCUGAAAUAUGCAGCUUCACAUGAGUGGGUGAAACAUGAAGGUUCAGUGGCUACCAUUGGCAUCACCCAUCAUGCUCAGGAGCAUUUAGGGGAAGUUGUGUUCGUGGAGCUGCCAGAAACAGGUACUUCAGUUAGCAAAGGAAGCAGCUUUGGAGCAGUAGAAAGUGUGAAAGCAACAAGUGAUGUUAAUUCUCCAGUUUCUGGUGAAGUUGUGGAGGUCAACCAAACACUUACUGGCUCACCUGCCCUGAUCAAUUCAAGUCCAUAUGAAGAAGGAUGGAUGAUCAAGGUGAAGCCUAACAAUCCAUCAGAAUUAGAAUCUCUUAUGGACUCCAAGGCAUACACCAAAUUCUGUGAGGAAGAAGAUGCAGCUCAUUAGAAUUUAAUUUUGCUUCACAUUUUGCCUCUUAAUGGACCUUGUAAUGCUUCAUCUAAUUCAUGUAAUUAACACUUUUUUCUCUUCUCUUUUCUUUUUUUUUUUAAAAAAAAAAAUUAAAUUAAAUUCUCUAUCAAUAAUUUUGCUUUUC